GGGGCAGGAGUUCAUCAAGCAAAGGCUUUGAUAACACUCUGAUUCCUUGACGCUGAAUUAACCUUUUACUCAAAACAAACAAAACAAAAAUUCACCAAUUAAAACUUCAUCAUUCAAUAGGUACUAAUUCAUUAUAUAUACACGUGCAUUAUGCGCGGUAUAACCACCAUUUGCUUUGCACCAUCCAAUUUCCCUUUUUUAGUUGCCGUGCCAAUAUGGUCACGUCCAUGUUUCUCUUCACAAUCGACCCAUUCUUUACAAUCCUGAUGUGUAUAACUCUAUGCUUUCUGCACGCCAUCUCAUGCGAAUUCCGUCGGGAUCGCCAGUUCUCCGGCCAUGGACCGCCGACGUAUCCGAUCAUAGGCUGCUUGGUUUCCUUCUACAAGAACAGGCACCGUCUCUUGGACUGGUACACCGAUCUCCUCUCCAAAUCAACCACACGAACGAUCGUGAUUCGCCGGUUCGGAGCUCGGAGGACCGUCGUGACGGCGAACCCGGAAAACGUGGAGUACAUGCUCAAGACGAACUUUAGCAACUACCCGAAAGGCAAGGCCUCCGCUGAGAUUCUUGGCGAUUUUCUUGGUUGUGGAAUACUCAACGUGGACGGAAAGCUUUGGCAAGCCCAACGCAAGUUAGCCAGCUAUGAGUUCAGCGCCAAGUCCUUACAAGAAUACCUUGUGAACACAUUGGAGGAACAGGUGGAAGGCAAACUGCUGCCUUUUAUGGAGUCUAUGGCAGCAGUGGAGAAUGAUGGCAAGGUUGUUGUGGACUUGCAAGAGUUAUUGAGAAGACUUGCUUUUGAUAUUGUUUGUGAAGUUACGUUGGGGAUUGAUCCUUGUAGCUUAGAUUCAUCUCUUUCAUAUUCGGGUCUGGAGAGAGCUUUUAGUGUGGCGUCGGAGGUGUGCGCCAGGAGAGGAUCGGAGCCUGUUUCUGUUGUAUGGAAGAUAAAGAGAAUGCUCGGAGUUGGAUCGGAGAGAAGACUCAGGGAAGCCAUUGAAGAAAUCCACGCAUUUGUUACCGAGAUAAUUCAUGAUAGGAUAUGGGUUAUUGUGGAAAAUGGGAAGGUCCCUCCAGGUGAAGAUCUAUUAUCAAAAAUGAUAGUAACAGGCCUUGAUGAGAGAGUCCUCCUGAGAGACAUGGUGCUAAGCUUUAUGAUGGCGGGGAGGGACACAAUGUCGGCGGCAAUGACGUGGCUCUUUUACCUGCUAUCUUACCAUCCUAAAGUGGAGCAAGAGGUGGUGAAGGAGCUAGGAUCUGUAGUUGAGCCGCAGGAGAGGCUAUCACAUUAUGAAACACUCAAGGAAAUGAGGUAUUUAAAGGCAUGCAUCUGCGAGUCCAUGAGGCUAUUCCCGCCAGUUGCUUGGGACUCGAAGCAUGCCAUAGCCGAUGACUUCUUACCAGACGGUACACCCGUCCAUGCCGGAGAUUGGGUGACUUACUUCCCCUAUGGGAUGGGGAGGAUGCAAGUUUUGUGGGGUGAAGACAGGCUUGACUUCAAGCCAGGGAGAUGGUUUCUUGAACCGGAUGGAGAAGGAAGAGGACCGCUAAAGAAAGUAUGCCCGUACAAGUUCCCGGUUUUUCAAGGCGGUCCAAGAGUAUGCCUAGGAAGAGAAAUGGCCUUCAUUCAAAUGAAGUAUGUUGUAGGUUCAAUACUAAAGCGGUUUGAGAUCCAACCGGCAAGUUUAGACCGCCCGGUCUUUGUGCCGCUAUUGACGGCUCACAUGGCCGGUGGUUUCAAGGUUUUUGUCCGCAGGAGACAACCACCACGCGCCAAUAACUGAUUAUAUAGCAGGACAAGUCAACAGUGGCCGACUAGACUUCAUAGCUGUUUCGAAUCCAAUUUAUAUGGCCAAAACAAAAGGUUCCAAAGUUUACCCUCAAGGCUUGUAAGAUAUAUUUGUCCUAGCCCUUGAUGCACUUGUGUUUUGGAUUAAUACUAGUGGAUCACACAUGUGAU